AUGUCAGACUUAGAAUCAUUAGGAGAGGCUGCAGGUUUGUUUGAGGAACCCGAAGGUUUUCUUCCUCCUCCUCCAAAGCCACAUUUUGCCGAAUAUGAAAGGUCACAUAUUACCAAAGAGUCCAAAUCGAAUGUCAAAGACAUAAAACUUCGUCUCGUUGGGACGUCCCCACUUUGGGGUCAUCUCUUGUGGAAUGCAGGAAUUUAUACAGCAAAUCAUUUGGAUUCUCAUCCAGAAUUAAUAAAGGGAAAAGCUGUUUUGGAAUUAGGUGCAGCAGCAGCUUUGCCCUCUGUCAUUUGUGCUUUGAAUGGCGCUCAAAUGGUUGUUUCAACUGAUUAUCCAGAUCCUGAUUUAAUGGAAAACAUCGAGUAUAAUAUUAAAUCCAACGUUCCUGAAGAAUUUGGUAAUGUCAGUACAGAGAAUUAUAUUUGGGGUAAUGAUUAUUCUCCGUUGUUAGCUCAUAUCGAAAAAGUAAAGAGUAACAUAGGAAAGUUCGAUUUGAUCAUCUUAAGUGAUUUGGUCUUUAAUCAUACAGAGCAUCAUAAGUUACUCCAAACGACGAAGGAUUUAUUGGCUGAGAACGGUAAGGCAUUAGUUGUGUUUUCACCACAUAGGCCAAAAUUGUUGAAAAAGGAUUUAGAAUUUUUCCAGUUAGCUAACGAUGAGUUCCAUUUGGUUCCUCAGUUAAUCGAAAUGGUUAAUUGGAAACCGAUGUUUGAUGAAGAUGAAGAAACAAUCGAAAUCAGAUCUCGUGUUUAUGCAUAUUAUCUGACACAUGAUAAUCAGUAA